AAGUCUCUCCCUUUACGAAACAAGACGGUCAAGAAAAAAGUUGAGACUCUUCUCUUUUAGAUUUUGAAACCGAAAAUCUUAAGCUAAUUACACCUUUGGAUUUGUAUUUGUUCGCUAAUACAUAUACUAGUUUGACGAAUCUAAUAUACCAAGUAAAGCUGUCUCUUUCAGCUUACUUUUUUCUACUCAGAUAUUAAUAAAGUUAGCAACUUCUGAAGCUUCUUCUUAAAACCUCAAAGAUGUCGAAGAACCCAUCUCAGGAAGAAGAUGAAGCCAUGCCAAUCUCUGAAGUAGUAAUAAAGAGAUUCAAGCGUUUAAGGCUCGUGUUCGAGCCAUCACUAGGAGUCUUGGGUUUUUUCUUGGUGGGUUUGUGUUUAGUCUUCAGCUUCUUCUACCUCGAUUACAGAACCGUGGCUAAAACUAAAAGUCAUGACUUUUCGGAUCAAUCGGAGAGAUUCCUUUGGCUCAAGGAGCUCGAUGGGUUUGAAGUUAACAACACCAAAGUUGGGUUUCUUGAAGAGAGUGGGAAUGGUUGUGAUUUGUUCAAUGGGAAAUGGGUUUGGGACGAAUCGUAUCCCUUGUAUCAGUCUAAAGAUUGUACCUUUAUUGAUGAAGGAUUCAGAUGCACUGAGUUUGGGAGACCUGAUUUGUUCUAUACUAAGUGGAGAUGGCAACCUAACCAUUGUGAUUUGCCCAGAUUUGAUGCUAAGUUGAUGUUGGAGAAGCUAAGGAACAAGCGGCUAGUGUUUGUAGGAGACUCAAUUGGAAGAAACCAAUGGGAGUCUCUUCUUUGUAUGCUAGCUUCUGCAAUCAGUAACAAGAAUUUGGUUUAUGAAGUGAACAAUAGACCCAUCACAAAGCACAUGGGCUUCUUUGUGUUCAGGUUUCAUGACUACAAUUGCACUGUUGAAUACUAUAGAGCACCGUUUUUGGUUCUUCAAAGCCGGCCACCUGAAGGAUCACCAGAGAAGGUAAAGACCACUCUUAAGCUAGAGACGAUGGAAUGGACUGCUGAUAAGUGGAGAGAUGCGGAUAUAUUAGUGUUUAACACGGGUCAUUGGUGGAACUAUGAGAAAACUAUUCGCGGAGGUUGUUACUUUCAAGAAGGAGAAAAAGUAAGAAUGAGAAUGAAGAUAGAGCAUGCGUAUAGACGAGCUAUGAAGACUGUAAUGAAAUGGAUACAAGAAGAGGUUGAUGCAAACAAGACACAGGUUUUCUUUCGGACAUUUGCCCCUGUGCAUUUCAGGUUGGUCACACAUAUCUCCAAAACAAGAAUCUUCGAUGAAUCUUAAAGCUCCUUUUAAUUGAUGUUUUCUUGUAUUCAGGGGAGGAGAUUGGAGAACUGGAGGAACAUGUCAUAUGGAGACACUGCCUGAUUUUGGAGCUUCUCUGGUUCCAGCAGAGACAUGGGAUCAUAUAAAGCUCCUUCAAGAUGUCUUGUCUUCGUCUCUUUACUACUCGAACAUAUCAGAGACGGUUAAACUGAAAGUGUUGAACAUAACAGCCAUGGCUGCUCAAAGAAACGAUGGUCACCCAUCACUGUACUACCUGGGCUUGGCUGGUCCUGCGCCAUUCCACAGGCAAGACUGCAGCCAUUGGUGUCUCCCUGGAGUUCCUGAUUCGUGGAAUGAGCUUCUUUAUGCAUUGUUUCUAAAGCAUGAAGGCUAUUCAAGUCCAAGAUCAAACAAUAGCGAUACAGACAACUUUACAUAACAUCUUUUGGUAAAGUAGAUGGUUCUUGCUCUCUAGAGGCUGGGCUCAAGAUUUUGAUUGAGUGAUUAGGUUAAUUGGGUGGGGAAUAUGUAAUUACUUGUUAGGUUAAGCAACUUUUGUUGUAAAGAUAUUAGUUUUGGAUCUCUGUUCUCAAGAAAUAUUGGAAAUUUAAAAGUGUUUUGGUAUACAAUGAUUAUGUAACACUUCCAGAACUUUAUUUUGCUUUUGAUUAUAAGAAACAAAUCCAUAUAUGAUAAUAAUCGAAGUUUGGUACUUUGUUUGGUCUUCAACGUGAAAAACCGGCACUGUGAUGAUGAUGAUGAUGAUGGUAAGGAAUAGAGGCUAUGGGAGGACGAUGAUGAUGAAGAAGAAGAAAAGUGCCAUAAUUGGCGCCGGCGACAUGAGACUUCUUCGACUCUAAAACAUCUUGUGUGACGGUUAUACCCUUUUCCACGUCAACUAGUUUGGUCUGCAUCUCAUCGUGAUCGGUGCAACCGUUGACGGCGUAGACGACACAACAUGCGAGAAG